AUGAUAUACCGCUAUUUGACCCGGAAUUUCAAAUACUGGAGUUCCCGGGGAAUCAAUGGCCCGAAACCUGUCCCACUAUUUGGCACUAUAUGGCAAAUGUUUAAAAGGCCCAUGGCUGAAGUUGGCCUGGAUAAUUAUAGGAAAUAUGGAAAAAUAUAUGGCACAUUUAUUGGCACUCAACCGAUACUGAUGGUAACUGACCCGGAGCUGAUCAAAGACAUGAAUAUAAAGGACUUUCACGUAUUUGUAAACCGAAAUGAUUUCUUAUUCAAUGAUAUCCUGAACGACAGGGCGUUGACUAAUCUGAUGGGAGACGAGUGGAAGACUAUGCGAUCGAUUAUAAGUCCGACGUUUUCGAGCGGAAAGAUGCGGUCAAUGCAUCCCAUUAUCAUUGAUUGUGUCCACAGAUUAGACAACUAUUUGGAGACCAAAGCCAUGACUGGAGAAGACGUGGAGAUGAAGAAAACGAUGGGAAGCCUAACAAUGGAUGUGAUCGCUUCGUGUGCUUUCGGCACCAAAAUAGACACAUAUAAUGACCACAAAACCAAUGAAUUCCUCGAAAAUGCUAAAAAGGUUUUUCACGCGAGUAUGUGGCGU